AUGCAAAAACAACUAUUGCAAUGCCUCUUCUUCCUCCUCCUAUCACUUUCUUUCUUUUCUUCAUUUUCAUCUCUUGCUUUUUCCCUGAAUCAAAACAGACAAUUCAAUGAAGCCAAGAACUAUGAAGGUUCUUCUGACCUAGUGGACCUCCGGUACCAUAUGGGUCCAGUCCUUGCUUCACCCAUGAACCUCUAUAUAAUAUGGUAUGGACAUUGGAAUCCAACACACCAAUCCACCAUAAGAGACUUCAUCUACUCACUCUCAUCUCAGGCUCCUUAUCCUUCUGUCUCCGACUGGUGGCGAACUGUCCGGUUCUACACCGACCAAACCGGCUCCAACAUAACCGGUAACAUCAUCCUAUCUGGAGAAUCGUUUGACUCAAGCUACUCCCAUGGAAGUUACCUAAGUCGUCUUGAUAUCCAAUCCAUAAUCAACACUGCAGUCACCAAUUCAAACCAUAGAGCUCUUCCACUCAACCCACACAAUGGUCUUUACCUUGUCCUAACCUCUUCAGAUGUCCGAGUCCAAGAUUUUUGCAGGGCAGUUUGUGGUUUCCAUUACUUCACCUUCCCCACUAUAGUUGGGGUGACUGUGCCCUAUGCAUGGGUGGGCUACAGCGGUUCACAGUGCCCUGGAAUGUGUGCCUACCCAUUUGCUUGGCCUGACUACUCGAAAAUGCCACCUCCCGGGGCUGGAGGAGUCGGCGGUGGCAACGUGAUGCGCCCACCAAAUGGGGAUGCCGGUGUUGAUGGGAUGAUCAGUGUGUUAGCUCAUGAGCUUGCAGAGGUGUCAAGUAAUCCUCUUGUGAAUGCUUGGUAUGCUGGGGAGGAUCCAACUGCUCCAACAGAGAUAGCUGACUUGUGUAUGGGUGUUUAUGGGAGUGGUGGGGGUGGAGGCUAUGUGGGCAAAGUUUAUAAGGGCUCUAGGGGAGUUGGAUACAAUGUUAAUGGAGUGAAAGGGAGGAAGUUUAUGAUUCAGUGGGUGUGGAACCCUGUGAGAAGGAGAUGUUUUGGACCAAAUGCUUUGGACUAGAAUGUGGGAGAUUGGGGUGUUGUGCAAUUAUGUUGUUAUCAUUUGAUUCUUGCGUACUGUUUCAGAUUGAUGUUGUUUUGUUAUCUGAUAGUUCAUGUUCUUCAUUGUAGUAACAAAAGAAAGUCAUCGUUGUACA